GUGAAUGGCCAAUGGGAGUUGGCUUGUCGAGCAAACACUGAGCCCUACAUUCUCAUUCAUUCAGUGCUCGACAGUCCUGCAGUGUUGAUGAGAGCACGUCUUCGACUAGCGCUUGCUUUUGAGCAUUCCGCACAACAAAAACCUACUUUUACUAUUCUCCAAGCAGAGUUAGAAGACUGAAAGCCAUUGGAUAUACAAUUAUUUGUCUCCAAAUCGUGAAUUAUUGUGCUUUUAAGAAUCCUAAAGCUUUUCCCCGCAAUUGUUAUUCUGCUCUAGGACUAAUAAACAGUGUUGUCUGACCAGAUCGUUCUCAAGUGCGCAACUUUUAGGCUAUUUGGUACCUAUUCCAUAAAGAAACGUUGAUUUACCGUUUCUGGAGCACAUUGGUGUAAGGCACCAUAUUUUGAGAAGGAAUAACGAAAGAAGAUACAACAUCCGUAUUUGGAUUUAAAGCCGUCGUUACGAAUUUUAAGAGCUAAUUAAAAUACGCUUGGACUAUUUCCUUGGAUGGAGUUUUGGUAUAUUGGUUGAUGGAUUCGACGUUAUGGAUGGUUACAAAUGGGUUUUCCGAUGCAUGCCAAGUCCAUGGUGAAUGUCGGAAGUGGUGAUCACCCCAGAUGGCGCUCCAAAGUCAACAUGGCCCUGGCGGUUCAUUAGUGGUGAUUCAGCAGCCUUCCCUGGAGGACCGGCAGAGGUCGGAUUACGAGCGGGAGCUCCAACAUGCCGCCAUCCUUUCCCUGGACCAAAUCAAGGCCAUCCGCUCCAGCAACGAGUACACAGAAGGGCCCUCGGUGGUCCGGAGGCCCCCUGCACCCCGCAUGGUGCCCAGGCCCGACAAGCAGCAGGAGAGGACUCACGAGGUGAUCCUCGUCAAUGUGAACAACAACUACGAGCACCGGCCGAUAGGGCAGGGCCACCACGGUGGGGUAGUGGUAGUAGCCGGGGGCCAGCAGUGUAGCGCCAGGGCCCCGGGCCUUAAUCGCUCCACCAGUACAGGCAGUGCGGCUAGCUCAGGGAGCAACAGCAGUGUAUCCUCUGAGCAGGGACUCCUGGCCCGCUCGCCUCCCUCUAGGCCAGGGAUGGUGGCCCUCCACCAGCACCACCACAGAGCCGAGCGUGCUCAGCCUGUUCGGACUCAGCCCAAGGCGCUGCUAGCCUCCCAGCAGGGCUCGCACCCGCUGCCGCCACUGGAGGCACCGCUCAAGCCCUCAGGGAAAGGGGACAUGGCCUCUGGCCACCAGUUCAUCUGCGAAUGCUGCGGGAAGUGCAAGUGCGGAGACUGCACAGCCCCAAGGACCCUGCCCUCGUGCCUGGUCUGCAACGGCCAGUGCCUGUGCUCGGCGGAGAGCGCCCUGGAGCAUGGCACGUGCAUGUGCCUGGUCAAGGGCAUCUUCUACCACUGUUCCAACGACGACGAGGGGGACUCGUGCGCCGACCACCCCUGCUCGCUGUCCCGCUCCCACUGCUGCUCACGCUUCCUCUGCAUGGGAUUACUGUCGGUACUGUUCCCCUGUUUGCUGUGCUACCCGCCCGUCAAGGGGUGCCUAAAGGCGUGUCAGGGCUGCUACGACCAAGUCAACAGGCCCGGCUGCCGCUGCAAGAACUCCAACACUGUCUAUUGCAAACUGGAGCGCUGGUCCCACCAGGCCCAGGAAAAGCCUUCCUGAUCCUGUGUGUGUGUGGGUAGAGGGGCGGGCAGUCGUUCCCCUGUGUGGUUUUGACAAUAAUAAUGAUGAUGACCAUAAUAGUCACUAUUACUAUUGAUGUUUAUCAAACAUUUUAAGCACCUCCCACCCACUUCCUUUUCUCCUGAUAGGAGUAAAGCAUGGAAUAUGAAAACCACUCAAUUCUUCUUUUUUUUUCUCCUUCCUUUUUGCAACAGGACCAUGUUUUUACAGACCAGUGUUUGUCUUCAAUGGUUGUUGUUUUUUUUGUCUCUUCAGCUACUCAUUAACACUCUUUUAGAAAUAAUUUUCUGUUAGCUAGGCACUGUUUACCUGGUGCUGUAAGCUUCAAGUGAGAGCAGCCUCUUACCAAAUCUGUGAAGGACUAUCUAGCUAGGCGAUAUGUAGCUGUUACCACGUGUUCAUAGCAAACAAGGAUUGUUAGAAUUCCCAGUUGCUACCCCACUCAGACCAUGGCUAGCUGGGUUUCUGUGCUCGAGUUGCAUUGUGGAAAGCACAUCCAUCUCAUAGUAUUCUGUUGGAUAUGCUUCUCCCCCUUCCCCACUCAUCAUUCACACACAUUGUGGCAUUUUUCCCCUUGUUUUUGUUUUGUAAAUUGUAUGCUCAAAUCCAUAAGAGUGAUCUGGCUUUAAAAAAAAGGAAAAUGUCUUUUUUUUUUUUUUUUGUAAAAAUAUUUAUUAUGUGAAGCUCUAUUUUAUGAUAUUUAUUGCAAAGACAGUCUUAAAUUUACUCAUGUCUGAAUAUAACAAUAUCAAUACUUACUGAAAAAUGAAAGGGUGGCACAAAAGAAUAAACUAUGUUAACUUUAAUGCAGAAAAUAUAUUAAUUAAUUAAAAAAAAUGUCUUGUGUCUUGAUUAUCCUCGUUACAUUGACCCUUGGGAGUGUUUAACUCUGGUUUGAAAGCUUUCUGGGUAAUAGGGCAUUUCAUAAGCAGUGAUUGGGUCCAAGUUUAGUUCUUGCAACAUUUCUUUGUGUAACGUGGAAUAGUUUGGUCAACACCACUUUGCUGUACACUCAUUUGUUCAUGUGUGGAAUGCUGGUAAAAAUGUUUUUACUUUAAGUGAGUCAGAACCACUUUUAACCUGAAUGUUGCAAGCCCGAUAUUUCGGGAUUCUAUUUCUUUACUUGAUUUCUCUUUAAACUGAUAAUGUAAAAUAAGCCUACAUCUGAAUGCAAAAUGGCCACCAAUGGUACUAACUGGAAGUUCCAACACCUGAUAAACUUCAUUUCAGGCAAGAGGUCACCCACAAACUAAGCAAUGGCUUUAAUCCCUGGUUUUAAAAGUUGCUACAGUAUAUCAGAAUCUUCCCAACUCUCAAAUGGUCUCCAUAUUGUGAGGCCACAGUAUGUGUCUGAGAAAUGAGAGCCACCUUUACAACUACGCAGGUCCACCUGUUCAAAGAUAAUAAACCUGCUAUCAAUGCCAAGCUUUUAUUGCAUGGUUCCUUCACUAAAGGUAAAGAUGGGGCAGAUACAGCCCCCCAUUUGGCUGCCUGUUUUUGUCAGGGAAUUUAUCACUCUGGAAGUUUGCUGACCCCCAGGGGAUGAGUCUUCACUUCUAAAGGUUACUGAGUCUGAAAUAGCAGAGCGGCAACAGGAAACACUAAAAUACCAGGGUUUAACUUUGAGGGGGCAAUUAGUAUUUCAGACAAUCUCAGUUUGGGGGUAGUGGGAAACUUGACCUCAGGAAUAAAACAAGCACAGUUGUUCAGGGAGGUAAAGGCUAAUGUGGAUAAAAUAACUAGGCUGGGUGGUAAACAUUGACUAUUUUGCUCAACAUUUGCUAAACAUUGGUAUUUUUUUAGAAAACCAAAGAAGUGGCAUUUUGUGAUUUAUCUGGUUAAGCUCUUGUAGGGAACAACCUGUAGGAUUCCCUGUCACCGUGGUUCAACAAUUUGUAUGAACAGAACAUGGCUCCUUUUUAAUGUGCAUUUCCAUUUUUUUGCUGGAAUGUACCGUUUGUUCCUCUGAAUGGUUGAGUGGGUUAGCGAUUUGUCAAUUUCCUGUUACCUUUCAGAGCUGCAAUUUGAGACCCAUUUGCUUCUGGACAAUCGCAAACAAUGGGAGGCCUCUUUUUUUUCAGGUUUCACUUCAGAUCCCUGACACAGGACAGAGCUAAAAUUUUAUUUUGGAGGCGGCUAACAGGAAGCAAAUGUUUACUUAAUAUUUUCCAGUCUGACCCAAAUAAGGAAAUAUAUAUUUUCUUGCCAGUUCCAGGUCUCAGUUUUUAACAAGAGUCCCUUAAUAGCCUUGUUUCCCCCCCCCAAAUUAGAUGAAAUACCAAAAUAAGUUUUAAGUGUCUGAAAACUAGUUUCCUUUUUUAUAUAUAUCAGAUUACGCUCCAUAAAAUUAUUUGUCAACGCCCCUACAAGCUUCCAUAUUCAUCAUCAUUGUGUCAAGUGCAGCAGUCUAAGGCACUGCAUCUCAGUAAAUAAAAUAAAUGGUUAAAAGUCAA